AUGCCUCGGAGUCUGAGAUCCCCGCGCCGCUCUGUUUGCCCACCUUCCUCCUCACCAUGCCCCCCUCGUCUCAUCUGCCAUUGUUCUCCCCCAUUUGUAACAUUGUUGCUCAACAACCUGGACAUGACUGGCAGCAUUCCCACGGAAGUCGGCCGCCUGGCGAGCCUGUCCUCGAUCGCACUCAACGGACUCGCGCUUUCGGGCCCUAUCCCCGCUAGUCUCGGCGGCCUCACCAAUCUGGCGAACCUCAACAUCACGGGCGGGUCCCUGUCCGGGCAGAUCCCCGCGGAGCUCGGGCAGCUCUCGCGCCUGCAGCUGCUCAGCGUGGGCUCCGCCGCGCCCUUCAACCGCCUCUCCGCCAUCAACGGCGGCAUUCCCGAGGCGCUCUGCGACAUCGCGCCGCUGCAGUACCUGAACCUGGGCUUUAACCGCCUGCAGGGCUCUCUUCCGCUCUGCCUCAGCCAGCUCACCAACCUCUUCUAUUUGGCCGCACCAAGCAACACACUCUCUGACGACAUCCCACCUGAAAUCGCCGCCCUGCCGCACCUCUACGAAGUCUCGAUUUACUACUCAUUCACUCACUCAUCCAUUCCUCCCUCCUCUCCCCCUCUGCCGCCUCUCUCUCCCCCACCCACCUUUCCCAUCCCACCCUGCACCGAUCUCCACUCCUUUCUUCACACUCAUUUACCCUUCACUAUCUCUCCCUUUCUCCCCACCUCCCGCCCCCCCCGUCCCGUCCCCCCUCCUUCACGGCCCACCCUCUUCCUCCCCCCUCUCCCCCCACUUCUGCAGUGA